CCGGCGAAAAGAAGACAUUCUCCAAACUAAAAAAAAAUCCCAAAAAGCAAACCCCUUAUAUUCGGAUACCCGAUAAAAAAAUAAAACCAAAAAAUAAAGAAAAUAACAGAGAAAAUUACCGCAGCGUGCGAUUGAUCGGCGGAGGUGUAGAAGGAGUAGGUGGAGGCGCAGACAUGGUUGAUGAAUGAGCUGUUGCGUUGGACCGGACUGCGUUGGACGGGUUUGCGUUGGAUUGGACUGUUAGCCCAAACCGCAAUGGAAGGUGUGUCCCCAGACCAGGAAUCGGUUGGGUCUGGGACAAAGAGGUCUAGUGCAUCAUCUGGCAGUAGGUCUCGUAACUGCAAGGAGUUUCUUCAUAGAUUUGUAGACAGUGGCAUGCUUACUGCACAACUGGAAGACUGGUUUGAAUCUAUAUCCUGUGAAUCAGAACCAAAGAAACCGGCCUUUGAUGUGCCUUUUGAGAUGAUAGAACUUCAAAAGUUUGACUAUGCAUUGGAAGGGAUUUCAUUUCAGCAGGUGAUUAGGAUGCCCAAUUCCGUUUACGCUUCAACAUCUGAUGCUGUUGAAGCAACUGCUUAUCUUGCCAUUGAAGAUUUUUUACAUGCUGGUGCGAAGGGAUUGUGGGAAGCAUUCUGGAAUCAGGAUGGACCCAUGCCUUUUUCUGUUGCUUGUCUAUACAAUGAAAACUUAAAAUUCUACCAGGCUGAGAAGGCAGUUGCGGAUGGUAAGCUUGGAGGUCUUUGCGCUACUGGUUUAUUGCUUACAAACCCUAGACAUCCCCGUGGGAGGUGGGAUCAUAUUCUUGAACUGUCUCUUUUAAGGCCUGAUAUCAGAAACUUUUCCAUGGAUAGUGACGGGCAGCUUUCUCUAUCUGUUUUAGGCGAGGCCCUUUUCUAUGCUAUUCGUGUACUAUUAUCAAGAAGCUUGAGCAGAAUGAACUACUCUCAGAGUUCAAACUCUGUGUUUAUUCUUCUUGUUGAUUCUCAGUAUGGUGGAGUAGUAAAGGUUGAAGGAGAUGUACAUAAGAUGGUGUUUGAUGCCAAUAAUGUUUACGAAUGUGCUGCUGAAUGGAUUACAAAUCAUUCUAGGAUUGCAGUCUCGUCGAUUGAUAGGAUCUGGAACAAGGUUGGAAAUGCCAACUGGGGAGACGUUGGUGCCUUACAGGUACUUUUUGCUACCUUCCAUUGUAUCGUGCAAUUUGCUGGAUUUCCCAAGCACUCGGUAGAGGAUUUAGCUGCUGAUCAUGGUCCUCGCCUCCAAGCAAGAAGGACUGAGAGGCAGUUGGGGAAUUCCCGGGCGAAUGGAAAUGGUCUUUAUCGGUUCCAGCAGCGUAGUGUGUCCCCUGAAAUUGUUGAAGUUCAGGAUGAUUCUGCAAAAAUUGAGACCAAACAGUUAAUGAAGCUAGAAGUAGGAUCUGUAUUAUGGUUGGAGGAUUCUAACUGGCAAAAGGGUUACCAUAUCAGUCAAGUCUUGAAUAAUAAUGAACAUCCAUAUUACAUUGCAUCUCCCGUUGAAGAACCUCAGAAAAGUUUCUUUCUAUAUGUUGGUUCUCAUCCUUCCCAGCUGGAGCCUGCAUGGGAGGAUAUGAAUCUGUGGUAUCAAGUUCAGAGGCAGACGAAAAUAUUGACUAUUAUGAAACAGAAAGGUCUAUCUAGCAAGUAUCUACCUCAGUUAAGUGCUUCUGGCAGGAUUAUUCACCCUGGUCAGUGUCAGAAACCCAGCUCGGGUGGAAACUGUGAUCACCCCUGGUGUGGCACCCCGAUUCUUGUGACCAGCCCAGUUGGCGAAACAGUGGCUCAUAUGAUAAGCGAGGCCAGAUUUGGUAUGGAGGACGCGAUCAGGUGUUGCCAUGAUUGCUUAUCUGCACUUUCAACUGCUACUUCUGCAGGAAUUCGCCAUGGAGACAUCAGGCCUGAGAAUGUGAUUUGUGUCAGGUCUGCCGAGAAGCAACCUUAUUUUGUUCUUAUUGGUUGGGGACGUGCUAUUCUUGACGAUAGGGACCGCCCUUCAAUGAACCUUCAUUUCUCUUCAACUUAUGCUCUCCAGGAGGGAAAGCUAUGCUCAGCUUCAGAUGCAGAGAGCCUUGUUUACAUGCUUUAUAUUUCCUGUGGUGGGGUUUUACCUGAUCUUGAUUCGGUUGAGGGGGCACUGCAGUGGAGAGAGACUUAUUGGUCCAGGAGAUUAAUUCAGCAGAAGUUAGGUGAGGCCUCAACCGUUUUGAAAGCGUUUGCCGAUUAUGUUGAUAGUCUAUGUGGGACACCAUAUCCCAUGGACUAUGAUAUAUGGCUAAGAAGGUUGAGGAGAAACAUAAAUGAGGAUGAUUCUGGGAAGGAAAUUGAUACAUCGGGGUAAGACAUUUUUUCAAGGGCCACUGCAUUAGGAGUGAUACCUUGUCAUCUGGAUCAUAAACCGUUCCUGGCUGCAAUGACAUGAAAUUUUGUAAGAAGUUUUUUUAUACAUGAUGUCGAUUGUCCAAUGUGAUAAUCAUCUGGAGUCUAUUGCUUGGAAGUUGGAACAGAAUAUUCGUGUAAAAGGACGGAGAUAUACGUUGGAACAGAAUGUGAUGUUUGCACUGUUCCUUGCUCUGGAAACUAUUUUGGGACUGCUUCACGGAUUCUGCGCAGGUGAGCAUCGUUUUUCACAAAAUUUCUGAGCUUUUAGGGUUAAGUCUGUUGGUGGCGGACCUCAAGAUUUAAAAAUUAUAUGGAUAUGUUUGCAUACAGCUCCCUAGUAACAGUAGGGGAUCGAAAAAAUCAUUGAUUUCUCGACUCCUGACGAAUUUUUGUUAAAGAAUAUUUUGCUGUAUUUAUUACCAUUCCUUUGUAAAGAGAUAGAUUCAAGGUUGCCUGGAAUAUUUUCGAAUGCUAAGGUGCCAGUGGACUGAAGUAUUCCAUUGUGUCCAGAGCAUCACCCUUUUGUGUAAAUGUAUUAGUCUUUUUAAGUGUGUAUUGAAAAGUCAUUUUAAUGCAAUUAUCUGGUCUUUUGGUCUU